CAUAAAAACUCUCUACCCAGCCGCCCAACUCCCCAUCUCACCAUCACCAUCUCAGUUCAGAUUCAAAUCACCCCUCCUCCUGCAAUGCCACCAACACCGCCCCCAGGAACAGCCUUCUCCUCCGGCCCUCAUGGCCGCUCCCUCGUCGCAACCCAGGACUUCACCCCUGGCUCCCUCAUCGCCACCUUUUCCUCCCCGACCCUCGCCCUCCCCGAUGGCCCCAGCAUGAGAACAACAUGCAACUACUGUCUCCGUGUUGGUUCCAAUGAGGGCUUCUCCCCCGUCUCACUCAAAGCCUGUACCGGCUGCAAGGCAGCUGUGUACUGCGGCCCCACGUGCCAGCGUGCCCACUGGAAGUCGAUCCACAAGGCCGAGUGUAAGAUGUUUGCGAGGGUAAGGGAGACUACGGGCAAAGAGUGGCAUGGCAUCCGCGACCCCUUUGACGGGUCCGACCCCCUCGAGAGCAACCUCGAAGGCUUCAAAGCAGACGAGCAAGUCUGGGGUGACUUUGAACUCCAAGCCAUGGCGGCGAUGACGUACUCGGGUGUUUUCAUGAACGAGGACGGGCUGAGAGUUGCGAUGAGGUUUCUGUGUCAGAUCCAAACCAAUGCGUUCAAUCGGCUCGAUGCGGACACGGGCAUGUCGGGGAUUUUUCUCGAUCCUGCGCUGGCGAGGGUGAAUCACUCUUGUGUGCCGAAUGCGUUUAUCGGGUUUGAUAAGAGGACGGCGACGCUGAGGGCGGAGAGACCGAUUAAGGAGGGGGAGGAGAUUACGAUUUCUUACAUUGCAAACGACAAGCCUAGGUCGAUACGCCGUGAAGGACUUAGACUCUACUACUUUGAGUGCGACUGCCCACGGUGUGUGGAUGAUCUUGAUGUAUACCAGGUUGCUCAGACAUCGCCGGUCAUUUCACUUAACUCGUUCAGCUUGCAGCCGGAUCUUACAAAGUUCCGAGAACCGGCUAUCGACAAAUCAAGUAUCUCGAUGAACCAAAUCGAGAUUAUUUACAAAGUGGUCUAUGACCAGACAAAAUCAGAGCAGGACACCUCGAUUGAAGCGGCACGGACUCGCUGGAAAUUGUGCAAGCCCUUGGUUGAAGCAAAGAUGUGGGCAGUCGAACCAUUACCAACCACAAUCCUCCUCCUCGCAACCAACUGGCAGACCAACUACAAAUGGGCCGUUUACGCCCUACCACUGGCUUGUUUCUUGGCAACCCAAUGCGAUCCCAUCAAGCUUGUUGCCCCAUUCAUGCCGUGGCGCAUCAAGGGCGUCAUGAUUAUUACGAAACUGCUGGCUUUCACGGGAGAACUGACGUCAAGCGGGGAACUGGCAAAAAGGUGUACUCACGAGGGCAUUGUUGGUGCUUUGGCGAUGGCGGAUCAAGUCACCAUGUGCCAAGCUCUCCUCCACAUCGUCAUCCAUCAGGGCUCUAUCGGCUCUGCUGAGGAUUGGGACGUAUUGAAGGAGGCCAAAACGAUGCUGAAGGAUCUUGAGAGUUUGCCCGGACGGGUAGACGAGUCGAAGAUGGUACAGGCGUGGGCUAGAGACCCUGAAGAUCCGCAAGCAAAAGCAUUUUUUGAGAGCGAGGUGCUCAAGCCCGUCAACACGUUGGCUUCCUUCGCGCCGGAGAUUUUGGAGGAUGUGCUUGUCCAAGGGCAAGGAUCAGUAGUUCGACGUUAG